AUGUCAGCGACACCUCGCAAGCCUGGAACCCCCGGCAAUUCCAACAAAUCAUCACCUGCCGAUCCGCCCUCCAACAACGGGUCCACCACACGAGGACAUGCACGCUCACCCAGCGCCGCCAACGGUCUCAACCGAUCACCAUCUCUGAGAGGCUCAACUCCUGUAUCUGCACGCGCGGCUGCCAGAAAACCUGGCCGCUCCAAUCUCAGCAUGUCGAACGUUCCAAGAGUCUCCAAUGAUCCCUCUGAGGAAGAGGCGCGGGCCCAGAAUGCCGCCCUCAUUGAAGAACUGCGGGAGCAGCUUCAAAAGGCAGAGACUGCCUCCGAACAAUAUCAAAAACAGCUGGGUGUUUUACAAAUGCGCCUCGACGAAGCGCUCAGCGAACAAAGUAAGCUGGAAGACCAGGCUCACGAGCGAGACAGUCGAAUCGAAGCCCUCAACAGCGAUAUUCGGGACCAAGGCCGCCAGAUCCGAGAUCUGGAACAAAAUCACGAGUCCGAGCGCAAUGCGAUGCUUCAAGAGAAGGAGCAACAGACUAGCCGGGAAGAAGAAAUGCAGGCCACCAUUCAACGCCUCAAGGACUCGAUGGCUCAGAGGGACAUGCGCAUCAACGCAGAGGGCGACCGCAGUCAAGUCUCCCGAUCUUCUAGCUUCCGCAACCGCUCUUCUCCGGACGUCGAUGGCCAGUUUGCGCCGUCCUCUCACAUCGAGCGAAGCCCCUCCCGAAACAAUUCCACGCUUCUUCUACAGAAGGACAAGGUCAUCGAGUCGCUGCGUCUGGAACUAGCCGAAUCACAAAUCAAACUCGUUGAAAUGGAGAACGCCGGGGGAGGUCGCCAGCGCGAACUGGAGAAGGAGCUACUUGAGGCCCGCAUGGCCAAUGCUCGGCUGAUGGAAGACAAUGAGAGCUAUCAGCUUCUCCUGAGCGAGAAGACUCUAACCGGCGACUUCACCAAGGGUGAAUUCAUGCGGGAUGUCCACCCCACUAAGCCGUCAGCGAACGGACUUGGAUCCUUGGCAGAUGAACUGGAGUCUGUGGAGGAGUCGCCUGAAGCGGAGGCCGAAUCGAAGCCAGAAGGAGGAGAACUCAAGGCCCUCAAGGACCAGAACAAGGCUCUAACGCUCUACAUCGAGCGCAUCAUUAGCAGGUUGCUUAUGCAUGACGGCUUUGAACACAUUCUGGACAAGAAUGAGGAUGAAGCCGCUGCAGAGAAGAAGAACGACAAGGAGUUGCCCCCGACUCCCCCAGAGAAGGAUGAGGCUGCUCAACAAUCUUUCCUGCAGCGGGCUAAAUCGGUGGUUGCCGGUCCCGGUCCCAACCAACGUCCUUCUACCCAGCCCCGUUCGCGGCCGACGAGCAUGUUGCCACCUCCAACACCUGCGCAGAACAACCCCAACGAGAACCCCAAUACUGCACCUAGUAUUCCAUUCCGCACCCAAUCUGUCAGAGCUACCCACCGCCGCAGCCGCUCCGAGCAAGUCGAUCCAGGUGCUGCCAAUGUCGUUGGUCAGAUGUACCGCGGUCGUAACUCGGGCGGACCAAUCUCCCCCUCGACUAUGGGCCCUGGAUCGCGCCAGAGCAUGUUCUCCGGCGCGGCCAGCUAUAUCUCCAGCGUGAGCCGCGCGCCUUCGAUGUCCAGCCAGCCUGACCGGACCGGACGCAGCAGCUCUCCCAGCGUCGCUAGCGAUCCCCACGGAGACACGCUAUCCAGCGGCGCCACCUCCAGCCCACCUCGCUCCAGCGGCGGUAUGAACAACUAUACGGGCGCAGUGAUGCAGCAGGACAAGCUGCGCCCGCUGCGACUCGUUAGCGAAACCACUCGACUCAAAGAGGAAGAAGAGGCGGCUCGCAAGAAGGCGAACCGCGGAAGCUGGAUCCCGUGGUUGAAUCGCAACCCCGAGGAGACUGCACCCCAGUAG